AUGUGCAUGAAAAGCACCUUCUCUUCAUCUUCAAUGGCCACUGUUUACCCUUAUAUCAAGAUUACAUUUCCAGAAUAUCAAGGUGAUGGAUUUCAUCGCAGCAAAGCAUUUGCUGCCAUCGAGAGGUAUCUGAAUGAAAACUCAUCAAAGCAGGCGAAGCAUCUCAAGGCCGACGUACACAACAUCCAGGUUAUAGUUCUUAGCAUGGCGGAUCAUGAAGAGGUCACCGAUGAAUUCCAGGGCAUCAAACUUUGGUGGACUUCCAGCCGUGUCACUCCCAACAGGCAAUCUAUUUCAUUCUAUCCGUGGGACGAUGCAUACAGGUAUUUCAUACUCACUUUCCACAAGAAGCACAGGGAUAUCAUUACCAAUUCUUACCUGAAACAUGUUUUAGAAGAGGGAAAGGCUAUUACUGUAAAGGAAAGGCAGAGGAAAUUGUAUACAAAUACUUUGGAGCCAAACAAGAAGGAAGAAAUUACCAAAGAUCUGAUCAGGUUUACUGAGGCGAAAGAUUAUUACGCCAAGAUUGGCAAGGCAUGGAAGCGGGGGUAUCUCCUCUACGGUCCACCUGGAACUGGGAAGUCCACAAUGAUCGCUGCCAUGGCUAAUCUUUUGAAAUAUGAUGUUUAUGAUCUUGAAUUGACAGCAGUUAAAGACAACACGGAGCUGAGACAAUUGCUGAUAGACACGCCAAAGGAAGAAAAAGGAGGAGAGAAAGAAGAGAAGGCAGAGAUGAAAAAAAGGGAGGAAAAUAACAAGGAUAUUCAGGUUACAUUAUCCGGACUUCUGAACUUCAUUGAUGGGCUUUGGUCGGCUUGUGGUGGAGAAAGAAUAAUUGUUUUUACAACUAAUUAUGUGAAAAAGCUAGAUCCUGCUUUGAUUCGGAGAGGAAGAAUGGAUAAGCAUAUAGAAUUAUCAUACUGUAGCUUUGAGGCAUUCAAAAUUUUAGCAAAGAACCAUUUGGACCUUGAAUCUCAUGAACUGUUUGCCAGGAUUGAUAACCUCUUAUAUGAAACCAAAAUGACUCCUGCAGAUGUUGCAGAAAACUUGAUGCCCAAAUCAACUGAAGAGGAUGAGGAAGCUUGUUUGGUGAGAUUGAUCGAUGCUCUGGAAGAAGCAAAAGCCAAGGCCAAGGAAGAAGCAGAAACGAAGGCCAAGGAAGAAGCAAAAGCGAGAACAGAGGAAGAAGCAAAAGUGAAAGCCGAGGAAGAAGAGAAGGUAAAGGCUGAGAAAGAAGCAAAUGGCAAAGAAGGUGUUGAAAUUACUGGAGUAGAGAAAGCUAUCAGGGAAGAUGUCAAACAUCCGAGGGCUAAUGCUAGUAGUGUGAAAGAAAAUGGAGAUGCUGCUCAUUGA